AGACUUGCUUUAUUUAAAUAUAUUACGAUAUAAUUGUGGUGUUGUAAGAAUUUUAAUGUGUUGUUUACUGGCCAUUUGAACAGAUUACAGGUGAAUAUACUAGCAGCUUAUUACGAACAGCAUGAAAGGUUACCUAUUCAUUUUAGCAGCGCUCAGUGUUGCAUGCAUCAAUUGUUCAUUUUGUCCUAACAAUAAUCUUCAAACGGAAUGCUUGGAUCUUCAAUGUGGUACUGGCUUUCAUGUACAGUGUCAAAGGGGCAUAUGCACUUGUAACCCCGAUGCGAGCCACGUGUGCUUGAAAAAGACAGACUGUUACGAAAUGUACUUUACUGGGACACUUACAUUUUGCGCUGAUGACUGGCACUGUGUAGAUAACGGAUGUAAAUGUGGUGGAAAGUUUGGCAAUUAACUUAACAUGUUCUUGAAUAUGUGUUAAUUUGUAUUUAUAAUAAAUUGGCAAUGUCCUAG